CUCUUUUAAAAGAAGACAGAAAAGGGAUUGCGGGAAAGCAGACAGUAUUUUGUUAAAAGCAGCAAAAAGAAAUUAUUUAAAUGUUUCAAAGCAAUUUUGAUGUAGAUUCAAGAAAAAGAAAGCUUGAUUAUUCCAGGAAGAAAAUAUAUCAUGACCAAAAAUUGACAACAAAAACCAACAUUUUUAAAAAUAGCAAUGUAACAAAGACCAGUAAAGUUUCAGAAUGGCAGAGAGCAACAGAAGGGUUCUCUGGAUUUACAGAAUGUGACAAUAGUAGGCCAACUAAAAGGAGAAGUUUGCCUGCAAGACAACCCCAGAAAUAUAGAAUAUGCAUGCCUUGUGAUUCAGAAUCAGAGGCAGAGUUAGAAGUUGAAAAUACAAUUAAAUGGAGUUCAAGUGAGGACGAUUUAUCACCUGUAUCAGAUAUAGAAGAAAAUUCAACAGUAAUUAAAAAAGAAUCAAAAUGUCAGAAUACCGAAAGAAAGAAGAUAAAGCAAACAGACAUUCCACAGCAGAGUAAAAUAGAUUUUGAAAAUUCUGAUAAUGAAACUGAGGCUGAAGGAAGUUCUAAUAGUUGUAGGAAUACAGCGCAGAAUGAAGCAGACUUAAUUGAAGAUGCAGACUCAAGAUCUUCUUUUUCACUGAGUGGAUCAAACACAAAGUCAGACAAGGAUGCAGAUAUUCAAGAUAGCAUUGAAAGUAUUGAAAUUCCUACCAGCACUGAAACAUCAGCAACAUCUGUUAGUCCCAGCCAAAAGACAAAAGUAAAAGCCAGUGAAUGGCUUAAGUCCCUUGAUAUGAAAACCCCAACAAAGCAAUCUCCUAGUCCUAAAGUGUUGUUAAAGGAAGAUUCUGCCAAAAAGAAAAAGAAAUUUACAAGAAAUGGUCUAGCUGACCAGUUAUAUAAGUUACAAAUAAGAGAACGAUCAGCUGUUAGAGUGUGGAACCAUCAGACUGUUACAGAAGAAAAAGUGUCUUCCAAGUCAAUAGUAGUUAAAGUCCUGGACUAUGAGAUGCUGUAUUCUUUACAGUUAGCUAAAUGUGAAGACCUAAUAAAGACAGAAGGGGGCAGCAUUAAAGAGGAGAAGGAGUUUUAUGUUCUAUUCACAUCAGAAAUGACUGAAGAAAUGAAGAUUACUAUUGGAACUAUUGUCAGAUUUUGUCCACCUUGGCAAAAACUUUUAUUACAGUCAAUGGAUAGAUCAGUUUUACUAUGUACCAAUUUUAUCAGAGUAGAGGGCAGUGUAGAUGUUAUGCAUCAAAAUCCUGAAUCGGCAACAAUUACCAUGGAAUGGACAUGUCCCUGUGUUACAGGGUUAGUAAAGGACUAUAAACAGUGUCCAGCUUUCCAGUUCCCAUGUCUGCCAGGCAUAAUGCUUCAGUGUAAAGACAUCAGAGAGAAAAGUAGUACACAUAUAUCUGGACUUCCUGACCAUGAACAGUCAUUGUAUAUGAUACAAGCUACUCAGGCGUCAACUGGGACACCAACUGUAUCAGACUCUAUUUUAGAAAGUAUAGAUAAAUCUUCUAAACAGGCAGGGGUAUGCUUCAGUGCAUUGGUCCAUAGAGUGUUGUGCAAAGCUGUUCCAAAUUCAAAUACAAAAAGAUAUAGUCUGUUAGUAGAGGAUGGUCAUGGUAUUAUGUGUGAGAUACAGAUGCCAGAUAAUUGUGAACAUUUGUAUGGUGAGGUGAUACACAAUGGUGAAAGCAGCUCUUACAUAUUUACUGGACUUAAGGUGCUGGCUAGAACAACAAGAGACAGAGAUCCUGCCCUUUUCAGUAUGAUAGAUACUGUAUGGUCUGGUAUGACUGCAAUAGCUGUCAGUGAAGAAAGUGAAAUAGCAUCAUGCUCUUCUAUAUCUCAAAGGUUGCCCCCAGGAUUUUGUUAUAGUAUGGUAGAACAUGAUGAUACUGAUUUAAAGAUUACAGAGCUAGCAACAGUAAUUACUGGUUUCAAAAAGAUACAAAUGGUUUCAUUGGAUGAUCUUAGACAGAAGAAAGAUGAGAUCUGUAGAUUAACCAUGAAAGCAAAGUUGCUGUCAAAGUUAAGUAAUUCAGAUUUAUCCAGUUCCACAUCAGUAGAUUUUAGGUAUUUGCUGUACAUAACAGACGACAGUUUGGACCAUACAGAUUACAGAAUUAUAAAAGUCAAAGAUAAAUGUCAUAUACAGCAACCUAUUGGUGGUACAAUUGUAACUAAAGACGUUCUUCAUUCAAAUGGCAAUUUAAUAUGUGACUGCUACAGCCAAAUAUUGCCAAGUAGUUCCCUACAGAAAAUAGGUUUUGAUUUAUCUACAGAAAACAUAACCUAUCCAUUUUCACCAGCUGACCUAGAUAAAGAUUCCAAACUAUAUGAUUUGUGUAAGGUUAAAGGUAUAAUAAAUGAAAUAGAUGAGAGUUCUGCCUAUUCCUGGGAUGUAUGUGAUCAGUGUGGUUUAGACAAGUUAGCUGAGAAAGCAAACACUAAAGAACUUGUCUGCCUAGGUUGUAAGAGAGUGGUUAAGCAUCCUGUUACCAAAAUGAAGAUGGAAAUUUAUGCUUCAGUUACUAAUCUUAAAUCAAACAAAAUCAAAAUAGAUCUUUUAGAAGACACAAUACAGUCAUUAUUACCACAAGAUGAAAAUGAAGAAGAGGGUUAUGACAUUUGUAGUGUGCUGAAUUCAACAGUUGGACCCAUUACCUGUGUUGUCAUGAAGAAGAACAAUAAUGAAAUAUUUUUAAAAGAAAUUAGAAAAUCUUGAUGAAGAGUUUCAUUUCUUUACUUUUUCCUCUGACAGUGUGAAGUUUUUUUAUAUACUUUAUUGCAACCUGUAGAAGAGGUCUUUUGUGAAAUGUUUGAAGUUAUUGUAUUUACACUUUAAAAAACAUUCCAGAUUAACUUUUUGAAUAACAGUAGCAUGUUUAAGCCUUAGCAUUUUAAAGGCAGAAAACACUGUUAAACUUAUGCUAAGGAACACCAUGGUGCUGACAAAUCUUGAA